CGGCUGUGGGAAGUCUACUUUCUUACGCUAUUUCGAUCAACUUUCUGAGAAUACCGAGGUCCUUCAAGAGCCACUAUAUCUAUGGAAGGAUGCAAGGGGACAUAAUCUAUUUGUAUCGCUGCCUUCUCACCAGCUAAUCUUUCUCCCUAGGAGUUAAUGUAUAAAGACUCAACUCGCUGGGCAAUACCAUUCCAGGCGCAGGUUCUAGUCACGCUCCUGGAUCGUCAGCUAAGGCCUCAGACCGCUCCAGUCCGUCUAGUUGAGCGUUCAAUAUACAGUUGUCGAUAUUGCUUUGUCGAAAAUAUGCACAGUGACGGGCAUAUAUCGGUUCCAGAUUACAAGGAGUUGGACAAUAUUUUCGACUGGGCGUUCACAAAAAAGGCCGGGCCGAUUGACUUAAUUGUCUAUUUGCGUGCCAGCCCGACGACGUGUUUGGAUCGCGUUCGUCGCCGUCAUCGAGCUGGAGAAGAUAGCAUCCCACUGGCUUAUCUACAGUCUCUACAUGAGCGUCAUGAGGCAUGGCUGAUUGAAGGCCGUUUUGGACCUCUACCUGCCCCCAUCCUGGUGUUUGAUUGCGAAGCUCCCCUACCAAAGCUUUUGGUGGACUACCGUGCCCGACAGUCAGAAGUGAUGUGCGGGGUUCCGAUCACUACGGAUGCGGAAAGCAACGAUCUUUCAUAGACGAAGGGGCUAGUAUUUAUCCUUUAUCAGACUUAUCCCGGUAAUCACAGCGAGUUGACAUUUUAUGUCAUUUUACAUCGUAGCUUAUUUUCUAUGAUCGCUCUUUGUACACCUAUUUGUUUUUUG